AUGAAUGUAGAUAAUGAAAACGCAGAAACAGAACCGGAAGAUGAUUUGCCAGCAAACUUAUCGGAACCGCUAACUAUAGGAACUCGAGGGCGCGAAAGACCCAAAAUGGCUUUAGAUAGCAUUACAAAAAUAAAGAAAGAAUUGAGUCAGAGUUUUAAAAUGAAAGAUUUUGGUUUUGUUAACGAAAUUCUAGGAUUAAAGAUCGAGAAAAAUUCUUAUACUAACACGAUAAAGAUCUCGCAAAAAAAUUAUUCUUCUAUUUUAGCUGGAGGACCUACUAUCCCAUUUCUACAAGUUUAUGGAAAACAACUUGGUAUUUCACCAUUAAUUAUCGGUAGUAUAUUUGCUAUAUUGCCUUUGCUAUAUCUGAUAGCAAAACCAAUAUUUGGUUUUAUCAUAGAUUAUUCUCAAGCAUGGAAGAAAACUUUUAUAGUAAUGUUCAUCAUAAUACAUAGUUGUUAUAGGAAUAUUUUUUUACCAGCAUUGCCAGGUGCAAUAAUGCCAGAUCAUUUUGAAAAUGUUUCGUAUGCACUUUUAUCACAUUGUAAUAAGGAACACCAUGCAUCGGAAAUCGUAUUGUGUAACGGUACAAAAAAUACCAAUUGUGAUUGGAUAUGCGAAAAUAAAAAUUUUUCCACACGAUUAUCCUUUUAUGCAACGGAAAGAAAAACAAUUAUGUCAUUAGAUACCGCAUGUUUAAUAAGUGUGAACGAUGCAUUAUUCCGUCAAGAAAAUAUAAUAACAAAUUAUAAUUGCAACGUUACUUGUGACAAUUUUGAAGAUGAUCACUGUUUGUAUACAUCUAUCAUAUUUUGGAGUUUUACCCUUUUAAUAUCUCUUGGCAAUAUUUGUAUGCACUUUUGCGCGCUCACAAACGAUGGAAUUUGCCUUGCCAUAUUAGGACAAAAUGAACAGUUAAAGUAUGGUAUGCAACGACUAUGGGGUACAAUAGGUUACGGUCUAACAGCAUGUAUAAGUGGAUACGUGAUAAACUUAUGGCCACAGGAGGAGACUUACAAAACUUACACUUUUGUAUCUCUUUUUGUAAUUAUAUUGGCUUCUAUCGACUUGGUCUGCUGUGGUAAAUUGAAGGCAUCAUUAGAACCAGGAUUAUCAAUCACUAUGAAGAAUGCUUUUGCGCUAUUGAAAUUCAAAUUUAUCAUCAUAUUUCUAUGCUUUACUGCAUUUAUCGGUAUACUUCAUGGCGUCACGAUAAAUUUUUUGUUUUGGUAUCUAGAAGAUCUUGCUAAUGCGACUGGUUAUACAGACAAAAUCAAAUUGAUAGAAGGUUUAAUCGUGGGAGUUCAGAAUUGCGGUGAAAUAUUAUGCUUCUUUCUAUCUGGUAAAAUGCUGGAAAAGUUUGGAUAUGGUUACACUUUUGCAUUUUGUUUUAUAUGCUACGCCCUCCGGCUUGGAUUAAUAUCUUUAGCUUCGAUGCCAUGGUGGAUACUUCCCAUAGAAUUUUUCAUGAAUGGAUUAUCAUUUUCAAUAGGUUUAGCAACAAUAGUAGCGUAUGCAAAUAGUAUAACACCACCCGGUGCAACAGUUACUGUCCAAGGAGUUGUUCAAGGCAUGUAUGAUGGUUUAGGACAUUCAAUUGGUAGUUUAUUAGGAGGUAUCUUUUAUAAGAAAUUUGGUGGUACAAUAACUUUAAGAAUAUUUUCAAUAUUCGCCGCGCUUUCUGCAUUAACUUAUCUUAUUCUUCAUAUAUUGUAUUUAAAGAAUAAAACAGAAAGUAAUGUUGAAUGGAAAAAACCUGAUGAUGCAUUGAAACAUUGUGUUGCAGCAAAUAUAUGAUUUAUAUCUUACUAUUUUCGAAAUUUUGCUGUA